AUGGUAGCUGGAAAUGAUCUGAACACUCUGCCCGUAGACAGGGGUUGGGCAUGGGCCGUAGCAGGUGGUGGGUUCAUCGCCUACAUAUUGGUGGGCUCGUCAGUUCAAGUCCGGACUUUGCUGUUUUUGGAGAUCUUGCAGCUGUUCAAUACGAGCUUCACAACUGGCUCGCUUGUGUUUAUGUUUACGGCUAUAGCAUCAAGUUUCUCCUCUGUCCUGGUGACAAAUUAUGUGAUGCCCAAGCUGACAGAACGUGGAUGUCUAAUUGUUGGCGGCAUAGCUGCUUCUGCCUUGUCCAUGGGUGCCGCUUUUGCUCCGAAUAUUGGAGUUUUCAUUGCCAUUUCAUCUGCGAAAGGUAUUGUGAGUGGCCUGAAUGUUGUCCCGGCUAUGGCGUUGAUACCAAGGUACUUCAAACGCUACCGGUCCCGGGCCAGUGUUAUCCCUUUCUGUGGCGGAAGUGCAGUCAACAUUAUCGGCCCUUUUGUCAUCAAAGCUGUCAGAGAGGAAUAUUGGAAUCAGGGCAUGCUACAUUCUCCUGUCUGCGGUCGAGCUUCAUUACUUGGUAGCCGGUCUGCUACUGCGGCCAGUAAGUGCAUACAGAUUCCUUCCUGA